GAGGAGGAGCCCUGGCGCCUGCGCGGUCCGCCCCGCCCGCGGCCGGACUACAACUCCCGGCAGGCAGCGCGCCGAGGCCCGAGGAGGAGGAGGAGGAGGAGGAGGAGCCCGGGCCUCGGCCUCCCUGCCUUUCCAGGCCCGCUGAGUAUCCGGGGUCGGGCGGGGGCCUCGGAAGUGCCCGGGCAGGCCACCGGGGCCGGGCUCAGGACCGCCGGCACCAGCUGCAAGAAACCCCCCAGGACCCGCACCAGCUGCAAGAACCGCCCCCCCCCCCCAGGACCCGCACCAGCUGCAAGAAACUCCCCCAGGCCCCGCACCGGCUGCAAGAAAGCCCCAGGCCCCCGCACCGGCUGCAAGGUUCCUCCAGGCCCCGCACCGGCUGCGAGAAAGCCCCGGGCCCUGCCCCCGCUGCAGGAUCCCCCAGGAUCCGCAGGAACCUCCGAGCCGAGCGGGAAGCGGCAGGAGGUGCAGGGGUUAGGUGGAGGAUGCGCCCCUCGGUCUCCGGCUUCCGGGGUCUCCCCUCCCGCCGCCGGAGCUGAUCCCGCAGCUUCCAGCCCGGUGGUGGUGUCGGGGUGGUCGUGCGCCAUGCCCUGGGCGGGCGGUCCGGCCUCGUCGGAGGAGCUGGAGAAGCUGCACGACAUCUUCCGCGGCCUCCACGAUGAGCUGCGCCAGGCGCCCGAGCGGCUGCGGGCCUGCGCCGGAGGAGAAGAGAGGAAGAAGCUGAUCAGAGACUUCGACGAGAGGCAGCGGGAAGCAGACGAAACGCUGGCGGAGAUGGAGGAGGAGCUCCGCGGGGCCCCGCUGUCCUUCCGCAACUCCAUGAUGACCAAGCUGCGGGCCUACAAGAGGGACCUGGCCAAGCUCCAGCGGGAGAUGAGGGACGCGCCUCUGGCCUCCGGGGCCCGGCGGGACGCCAAGCACGGGGACUUCACGCCGGAAAACGAGCAGGCGACGCGGUCGCAGGCCCGGCGGGCCUUGCUUCUCCAGGGCACGGACAGCCUCGACCGGGCCAGCCGGAGCAUCGAACGCUCGCACCGCAUCGCCGCCGAGACGGACCGGGUCGGCUCGGACAUCAUCGAGGAGCUGGGGGACCAGCGGGACCAGCUGGAGCGCACCAAGAGCAGGCUGGUGAACACGAGCGAAAACCUGAGCCGAAGUCGGAAGAUCCUGCGAUCCAUGUCCAGACGAGUCGCAACGAACAAGCUGCUGCUUUCCGUGGUCAUCCUCCUGGAGCUGGCCAUCCUGGGAGGCCUGGUCUACUACAAGUUCAUCCGCAAGCGCUGAGCCGGCCGCUCCGUCGAUCGGAUCGAUCGCUCCUCCCGGGGAGGCGGGCCGGGGCCCCUCGCUCCCUCCCCCGAGGCUCCCGCCAGCGGCCGGGGCGCGGAGACCGACGCGCCGCCCCGCCGGACCGCGGCUCCCGGAGAGGCGGGUGCCCGCCCGCCCGGCGGCGCCGGUCUGAUAGACCGAGGUGACGAACGCCGUAUUCGCUCCCUGCUGAAAUUUACAGCCUGUCUUAACCUGUGCCCGCCGGACUGAAUAAAACCCUUUACGUAA